GAAGAGGAUGAGGAAGAUAAUGACAUUGACUCUGAUAUGGAAGAAGAGGAGGACCAGGGAGAAAGAGGUGUGGCCAACCCAGGGCUUGUUAUUGUUAAAAGAGAGGAUGAGGAGGAGAGGGACAGAGAGAAGGACGAAGAGGAGGAGGAGGAGGAAGGUGUGGAUAGGACCAAGCCAGGAGAGGGUGCCAGCUCUGACCCAGACAGCCUUGGGGACCCUGACCCGGAGAGACCGUACCUCUGCUCCCAGUGCGGCAAGCGGUUUACUGCAGCCAGCAGCUUGAAGAUACACACGAUGACCCACAGCGGAGAGAAACCCCACCAUUGUUCCGUUUGCGGGAAGGCCUUCUUGCGAUCCUAUGACCUGAGACGACACCAGGUGGUUCACAAAGGAGAGGUUGCCAGAUCUGACACAGACAUCUCUGAGAAGCACCACCGCUGCUCCGAGUGCGGAAAGAGGUUCCUCACAAAGACGCGGUUGAACAGACAUGCGCUGAUUCACAGCGGAGAGAAACCACAUCGGUGCUCUGUCUGCGGGAAGUGUUUCUUACGACCCGACGACCUGAGGAGACACAUGACCAUCCACACCGGAGAGAAAACCAAGCACGUCUGCCAUCCGUGUGGGAAGACCUUCGCCUUGCUACGGCACCUCAAGAUCCACCAGCGAGUCCACACGGGAGAGAAACCAUACCACUGCUCCAAGUGCGCAGAGAGUUUUGCCCACCUGUUGGAGUAUAGGAAGCACAGACAGACCCACCGUAUCGAGAAACCAUACCACUGUGAUGACUGUGGCAAGAUGUUCUCCCACUUCAGAACCCUCAAGGUUCAUCGUCUGAUCCACACAGGAGAGAACCUCCACCACUGCUCCUACUGCGGGAAGGGCUUCACGAUCAGAGGGAACCUCAACACCCACCUACUGACCCACACCAAGGAGAAACCGCAUCAGUGCUCCAUCUGCGGACAACGCUUCGCCAGAUCCCAGUGCCUGAAAAAACACAAGCUCAAGAAGUUACACAUGGAAGAGGUCCUCUACCACAUCUGCGACUGCGGUAAGAGCUUCACGGAUGUAGAGAAGCUGCAGACGCAUGCAAGGACGCACUUGAAGAACCUUGAGAAGAGGUUCUGCUGCUCGUACUGCGGUCGGACGUUCGUACGGGCUGGUGACCUUCAAAGCCACCAGAGAACACACACUGGAGAGAAACCGUACGUCUGCACUAUAUGCGGGACUCGUUUCGCCCAGUCUGGGAACCUGAGAGUGCACCAGAUCACGCACACUAAAGAGAGGCCGUACCCUUGUACUGUCUGUGAUAAGGGGUUCACCACACCGGGAGUCUGA